UUCGCACAAAAUAUUUAAUUACAUAGCAAACACUUAUUUCUAUCACCUACUGAUUAUAACUGUGUCAGACGCUCUUGCUAUUUAUAACCUUAAUUUUAAAGAUAUGCAGCAAUCUUCAAAAUCUGAUGUUUAUAUUUUUCACCUGUCAGGAAAAUGAAAAAUUUCUUGUGAUUCAGUGGAAACAGCAUGGCGCGGGUAGCUUGUCACAGAGAAAAGAUGUCAGUAGAAUGGUUUCAUUUUAUAUUAUUAUUUCACAGUAUUCAGAAUUAUUUCCCACAUACGACAGCAGUAGAAAGUCACAAUCAAGCAUUUAUACAGACAGACAACCAUCUAACAUACAUAGGUGGAACAAGAGACCUGAAUGGCAUACCUUUAAAUGUAAAACCAGGUCAUUUACAUGAACAUGAUAGUCCAGAGGAUAUCUUAUUUAAAAGUUCAUCUAUAAGAUUAGAUCCACCAUGGCUGGAUUUUCAAGAACAAUCAGUAGGAAUGCCACAGAUGGAACAGGUCGUUAUUCAAAAUACAGACCCAAAACAUUCUUUGCAUCUCCUGUCAAUAUCUGGCAGCACGGUGCAUUUUCAUUGUUCAUUUUUUCAAGAUAAAACAGUUCCGCCGGGAGGCAAUACCACAUUUGAUGUUGUAUUUUUAGCCAGACAGGAAGGAAAUGCAGAAAAUACAUUAUACAUACACACCUCGCAGGGGCCAGUAACAUACCAUGUAUUUGGCGUCGGCAUCCCCAACCCGUACAGGUUACGACCUUAUUUAGGAGCAAAAGUUCCACUCAACAGUAGUUUUUCACCUGUGAUACAAAUGCAUAAUCCUCAUUCAUCAAUGUUACAGGUUUUAGAAAUGUUUUCCAGUGAAGGUGACUUACAUCUCGAGUUACCUACAGGGGAGUUAGAAGCACCAAAGAAUUUAUGGGAGAUCCCUCCGUAUGAGACCAAAGCAGUUAUGAAGGCCAACUUCAUAGGGAGGGUUGAGAACAACCAUACAGCCUUCAUCCGAAUAAAAACCAACCAGGAACAAAACAGUCGACUCCUCAUACUUCCCGUGGAGGUGGAGGUGUCGUCAGUUCCUGGUAUCUAUUCUCCCUUAGAAUUGAUAGACUUUGGUAUUCUCCGAACACUGGACGAGCCGACCACUAUACAACUUAGCCUUGUCAACACCGGCCCAAAACCUUUACACGUUACAGGUAUCACAGUAUCUCCUCCAAACAACGCUAUUUCUAUAGAAUUUCGGCCCAUCCGACUACAGCCAGAUAUAAUCAGACACACGCCAGUGGCACAGAUAACAUUUAAAGCUGCAAGAGCUCUACAUCCAAAACAGUGGUCAGGAAAAAUUAUAGUGAAAACUAAAAACUCUCAGGUGAAAACUGUAUUACCAUACCAAGCUACUGUGCUUCAUGGGUCAUUAGUUUACAACUCCAAUAGCUCGCAGUUCUUCAGUCCCAAGAACCUGAUGAACAUCACACGAGUCAUGAUGUUCACCAAUACAUUCAACUUUUCCAUAGUCAUUUAUAACGUCACGCUUCCUAGUGACAUAGCACACUUCUUUUCUAUCCUCAACUUUACAGAGCCUGUGACAUUACAGCCACAGCAUACACUUGUACCAUUCCUGCUGCAGUUCCAUCCCAACGAGACGCAGCUCCACUUCAACUCUCACCUCACAUUACAUACAAAUGCCUCCACAUUCACCGUUCCCAUAGUGGUCUACAACGGGGAGCUAAAGGUCAUACCCCAUCGACCAGAGAGGUUCAAAGGUCAACUAGACUUCGGCACGAUGGGCAUACAGGAGACAAGGAGUAUGGUUUUUACCCUCAGGAAUGAUAACCCUGUAGACGUUCACAUAGGGGAGAUAACCCCGGACCUGAAUGGUACAGUGGUGCAGUUUCUAGGGAUGGAGAAGGGGAAUGGUACAACCUUGACCAGAAUUCAUAACACAACAGACGUGGAUUACAACUUUCUUAAAAUAAAACCAUACCAUUUUGCAGUAUUCAGCUUAAAUUUAACAGCCCCUGAUUAUGAAGGAGACUUUUCUACUGAAAUGCUUAUAACAACACAGUUCCAGGAUAUCUGGAUCCCUGUAUCUGUGAGAACAGCAGCUGGGAGCCUGCAUUUUAUACCAGAGUCCCUUGUUUUUGACAAGGCAUACCCUGGGAAUAUUCCAUACCGGGUAAUGCAGAUUUACAGUACAUUCCGUGAGUACAUGACGGUCACAGGCGUGUCGUUCCAGCCGUCGGAUCCUAGGUUCUAUUACAAACCCACCAACACUGACAGGAUCGUGUUGGAACCUUUACAUAAUACAGUAGUUGGCAGAGUUUAUUUUGAUGCAAAAAAGGAAUGUGGGGACGACUGCUAUGUGGGCUUGCCGCUAAACACUCCUCCUGGACAUCAGUGGUUGCUUGGACUUACUCUAGAAAAAGAAGUUGCAGAUACAGAUCAAUAUUUUUUCACAAGAUUACAGCAAAAAUGGCAUAAGAUACAGCAGGCAGGACUCCAUACAGCCAACGUUACUAUAGAGUUGGACACGAGCGAAGUCAGAGGUUUUUUAUACUCGGCCCAGGCUCACAUGGAAUGGCCAUCGCUCGUUAAGAUGUGCAAGAUCCGAUUUCCUCUUACACAGAUCGGAAAUUCUUCCACGGCAGACUUUAUCGUGGAGAAUCCAGGCACGUCGCCAGUGCUAAUACAGAUGAUUCCUCUAGCUUUGUAUCCGAACGCUCAAACUUUGCUGGAUAUGAUGAAUUGGAGAAUAUCCUCAGAAAUCACUGACUACGUAGAGACAGAGGACGUAGAUAUUUUUACUCUUCCUGAUUUGGAGAGAUACCACACAAAUCCAAAGAAUGUGGUACCUAAAUUCAGAAAAAAUGUAGAGGAAAAAUUUGGGGUUAAACCUCAUCCAGAAAGUAUCACAGCUGUUUUAGGUCCCGAUGUAAAAAUCAAAGUUCGAGUUGGAUUCCACCCAAAGGAUGAUAUUUCCCGAACAUCUCUAAUACUCAUCAGGAACAACCUGACUAUCUUAGAUGCUUUAGUAAUUCAAGGACAGGGCGGUCGAGGGGAAAUGAAACUCAGCAAUAAAAAGCCUGGCUCCGGCAUCCCCCUACAGUUUGAUAUGACAGAAAAACACCUAAAAAAUUGUGAUAAAAAGAAGCACACAAAAAGCAUGGCGCCCAAUUUUACCGUUAGAAGAUCCUUUACUUUGAAGAACACAGGAGAGCUUCCGUUUUAUGUACAUGGUUACAGCAUUAAUGGAGCGUCAUGCGAAGGUUACGGUUUUAGAGUCCUCGAUUGCGAUGGCUUCCAUAUGCUCCCCAAUACCAGCCGGAAAAUAGAUAUAGCGUUCACCCCCGACUUUACGAUGUCGAGGAUACGUCGGACGCUAACAGUAUACACAAGCCUGGGGGCACCGGCUAACUACACCCUUCAGGCAACAGUCCCACCUCACACUCUAUCCAAGUGCUCCUCCGCCCUGCCUCGGCCUAAUUGGGAGCCCGUGCUCUACUACUCUAUAGUAUGUGCCAUGGGUUUCCUGCUUUGCUGUAUUUUAGUGGCAGCUUACUUCGAAGCAGAUAGAAUAUUUGUGUCUGAUAUAAUCCGUAGGAAGAUUAAAAUCAGCAAUUCCACUCAGACCUUUGAUAAGAGUAAAGUAUUUGAUCUCAAGCAAGUAGCAGGUAUCAAUAGCUGCGCCCCGGUAAAACUUUCCCAGCUGUCCGAUGGGCGCAGCUCGCCUAGUACGAAGCCCAUGCUAGAAUUAGCCAAUGGUCACGUAGAACACAAUUCAAAAACUCCGCCGUUCUAUUCUACCCUCCUCAGUAUCGCAAAGAACUUUUUCUCCCCUAAACCCUCGCGGGCUCCCGCUCGACCGAAAGUGGAGCCGCAAGACUGUGCUGAAUCUACACAGUCUUUAUGUAAUAGUUAUAAACCUGGCCAGGAGAAGGAGAAAUCUUCUCUGAAACCAGAAUCCAUUAUAUCUGAGAAAUCCAUACCCGCACAGAAGACGAAAAAAUCAAAGGCAGCUAGACGUCAACACGACCUCCACCUAAACACAGAGAAUCAUUGUCUCCCGUCACGCGGGGGAAACAAAGAGGCACCAAACCAGGACAACAACAAGAAAUUACCCGAGUCUGUCCGUAUGUCCCUACUGGACAAACAGGACAGAUAUGGCAAGUCACGCUCAAGCUCAACGACAGAUACACUAGACGAGAUCACCUUACCGGACGAUUUGGUCAGCAUUUCUCAGCCGACCAUAGACGGUAAGAAUAAAGGCAAGAAAAGAAUGAAACGUUCAGAACGAGAUGCGAUCCCCGUCAACAGAUACGUGAGGAACAUCUCCGAUGACAAAGACGAGACAUCCUCGACUACGACAGAGUCGUCAGUGGGAGAUGGUGACGAGAAGAGCUCAAGUGCUAGAGAUUCCACUCCGGAGCCCCCACCAUCCAAACCACGUAAGACUAAGUCUAAAGCCCGGACUGUAAAAAUGAUCGGUCACUAUGACGAUACCUAUGAUGACGACGAAUUUGAAUUGACGUCCAAAUCCAAGGCCCACAAAAGGAUCAAGGUCAGCUCUAAGGACGCCUAUGGUGGCAAUAUUCUCAUGCCAGAUACCUACGACCUACCAUACAACUUGGAAAACAAAGCAGACAAGCUUAAAAAUGGAAGCAGCUCCUCCGAUAGCAACAGAAAACCUGGAAAGUCCAAAGCCCAAGCUAAAGGGUUGCUCCUUUCGUCCUGGCCGGGACUGGACUCAAGCGAGGAAAGUGACAGCACGCCUAACUGGGACACACCUAGUCCGGGCCCAAGACCUGAAGACCUGAGUGAGCUCUCCAUCCAGACUGAAAAUUUCGCCCAGAAACAGAAAACACCAACAACAAAUGGCUUCAGCUUCUCUCCGGACGGUUUGACAAGCAGCAGUCGCUCCAGUAGCUAUAGCAGUAUCGUCAGCAACAACAGCUCCGAGGGUAACGGACAGACCAAACCAAAGGCCAAUGAAAAGCGCUUCCCCCCAGGCUUUGUGCCCUUCUGUGGUGACAUUGUACUGCCAGCAGCUAUUGGUACAAAGGCGAAAUCUGCCCCUGUUGGAGCUGGCAAGUCCCGUAGUAACGUUUGGAAAAACAGCCCACCAUCUACACCAGAUGCUGUCAACAACAGUUUUGGUCUACAGACAAUCCAGGAGAACCGCCUGACCUCGGGUUUACCAGAAUCCGGAUCUGACCCGUUCGCUCAACAGGACACUCCAUUUGGAAACACAGUAUUCCCGGACACGCCCCUGUACAACUAUAGUCCCACUGGUACCACAAGCGGAGGCAUCAGCCCCACAACGCCUACCACGCCUACGUCUAUUGCCAGCAGCACCACCGCACCUGGAUUCGACCAGCCCCAGACCAUGAUGCAGAAGCUGAUGGCCGACAGACGUCGCCGCGUCAAGGAGCACCAGAUCAGAUUCAUGAAGGGACAAGAAUGGCCCGGCUUUGACUACCCCGCCGUAAGGAGUGAGAGCCUGUGGGACUCGGAAUACCAAUCAAUGGACAACAGAAACCAAUGGUCUACUACCACCGAUUCUCCACCAACCUCCUCUAGUGGAGGUCUGUGGAGCACUCUGACAAACAGUGCUAACUCUGGCUGGAACUCCCUGAUGUCCUUCACCUCCGGCUGGGGCGGCAACACGCCCGUCUCCACCUCCACCGAUACCAUGACAACCGAGAGCUUCAGUGGCAACGAUGCGAACCACUCUCCAACUCCUAACGGUUCACCCGAAAAUGUGGGAACAUUCAACCCAUUCAACUCCAUGGCUGACAUUUGGGGACCAAACGCUCCAAAUACCAGCAGUGGUUGGAACUAUCCGCCACCCACAGGAGACAACAUGAACUUCCCCCCACCCAACAUGGAGGUGCGGAGCAUGCCCCUACCCGCCGGGGAAGCCAGGAGUUACUCUGCACCAGCAGGGGACUCCAGUGACCGCCACCAGAUGCAGUAGACACUAAGAGCACCAGCAGCCUUCCGUAGUUACCUCCCCUUAACUAAUUCACCCCAGAAAUUUCAUAAUGAACUAUUCCAACCGUUGUACUGGAAGAGUUCAAAUGUGUCUUCAGGGGUGAAUGAGUUAAACCAAGUAUUGUCCAUGUCGUUUUUACGUGCUGAUGUAGUACAUCUUUUUUAAAUUUUUAAUUGAUGUCCAGAUUAUUAUUUUGUUUUUUAAUUUGUUGAUGUUGUAAGCGAUAGCGCAACCAUUAGGAUGUGUAAUAUUUUAAGUUUGCAGUCUAAUUGAUUGUAAAUUUGCGGUCGAGCUUGAUAUGAAACCAGUUAAAAUGCCAUAGAAUAUGAUGCAGAAUAGAUGAUCAGCCCUGUUGUAAAAGAAUAGAAUUCAAUAGAACUGUUCAAAUAAAUCGAGAUCAAUAUUAGCUUUUGAGGAAAAAAUUCAUAUACUGAUAACUAAACAUGACUAUAUCAGUGAUGAAUAUUCAUCCCCUCAUUAUAUUCCGUCUUUGCGUAUCGCAGAGUUAUCUUCUCUUGUGAGCAGGUUUUGAUUGUUACGUCAUUUGUUUGUGA